GGCUGCACCAACAACACGGAAGGUUUUAUGUGCAACACUUCAGAACGCGGAAGUGAAGCUUGUGUUUACGUUUUCGACAUCAGUUCCCACCAAAGAGAGAAAAGCGUCAUUUGUAUAAACACUAUGGCGGUGAGCUCCGUCCACCUGGAGUCCGACGCCUUCCUGGUGUGCAUGAAUCACGCGCUGAGCACAGAGAAAGAGGAGGUGAUGGGUUUGUGCAUCGGACAGGUUGAACUCACCCGCAUCGUCCACAUCCACUCCGUCAUCAUCCUCCGGCGCUCGGACAAGAGGAAGGACCGGGUGGAGAUCUCUCCGGAGCAGCUGUCGGCGGCCUCCACGGAGGCGGAGCGGCUGGCAGACAUGACCGGCAAACCGAUGCGUGUGGUCGGCUGGUACCACUCCCAUCCGCACAUCACCGUGUGGCCCUCCCACGUGGACGUGAGGACCCAGGCUAUGUACCAGAUGCUGGAUCAGUGCUUUGUAGGGCUCAUCUUCUCCUGCUUCAUCGAGGACAAGAACACCAAAACAGGCCGGGUGUUGUACACCUGCUUCCAGUCUGUGCAGGCGCAGAAGGGCGCUGAAUACGAGCGUGUGGAGAUCCCCAUCCACGUGGUGCCCAGAGAAGCCAUCGGUAAGGUGUGCCUGGAGUCGGCUGUGGAGCUGCCGAGGAUCCUGUGCCAGGAGGAGCAGGACACCUACAGGAAGAUCCACAGCCUGGGGCACCUGGACCCCGUCACCAAGAUCCACAACGGCUCGGUGUUCACCAAGAACCUGUGCAGCCAGAUGUCGGCGGUGAGCGGGCCGCUGCUGCAGUGGCUGGAGGACCGGCUGGAGCAGAACAAGCAGAGCAUCGUGGAGCUGCAGCGGGAGAAGGAGAGGCUGCAGCUGGAGCUGGAUGCUCCGUGAGGGACAGUGUUUGGAGACCACUAUCAGAUCUAGUUGGACAGAGGACA